AUGGACUAUUAUAGCAACUAUUGGGAGACUAACAGAUUGUUAACUACUACUUCAGAAGAAGUUGUCAAAAUGCUGAAAGCACACUUUGCUCGAUAUGGAAUACCCGACAUACUGAUAUCAGAUAAUGGUCCUCAAUUCUCUUCCAGUUACUUUCGAACGUUUAUAAGGAAAUGGGACAUUACACACAAGACCAGCAGUCCGGGGUAUCCACAGUCGAAUGGCAAAGUCGAAAACAACAUUAAAACAGCGAAAAACCUCAUGAAGAAAGCUGAUCGAGCAAAUGCAGAUCCAUGGCUGGCGAUCUUAGAUUUUCGAAACACCCCUACACAAGGUAUGACCACUAGUCCAGUCCAAAGGCUGAUGAGUCGCAGGACUAGAACACUACUGACUACAGCAACAUCAUUAUUGAAGCCCAAGGUCACUCAAGAACUUGAAGCUCUCAGACAAUCCAAAGAACGACAAAAGAAAUACUAUGACAGAACAGCUGGAGACCUACCUGAAUUAAAAGAACACCAAACUGUAAGAAUUCCACCGUUUGGAAGGUCUCAAGAAUGGCAACAAGCUAAAGUGAUUAGACAGCUACCCAACCGAUCUUACAACGUUGAGGCAGCCAAUGGAAGAACCUACAGAAGAAAUCGAGUUCAUCUCAUAGAAUCAAAGGAGACGUUUUGUAAGCAACCAAUUGGAGGUAGUAUGACUGAGCUAGAACUACCCACCAAGCAAACAACACCAUCAAAGAAGACUCAAGAAACAACAGCCCCUCCAAGCAAACCAAUACCUCAGAAGACAGUUACUACAAGAAGAGGCAGAACAAUCAACAAGCCAGUCUAUCUAAACGACUUUUUGUUUUAA